AUGACCCCAACACAACGCACCUACGUCAUCCGUCAGAUCUUAAUCAUCCAAUGCUCACCAUCCACAAUCCACCCUAAUCACAUUCAUGUGCGCCGCGCGCAGAGGCCAACUGGGUCCCACCCCCAACACCAAUUCUCGUAUAAAAUCCCUCUCCCAACAUCAUCCAAAUGUAAGCCAAAUAAUAUACACACACUACGCCCCACAAACUCAAAGUUUCAUAUCAUGGGUGGAUCCUCCGUGGCCGCCGCAAGAGUCACCAGGUUUCUCGCCAGCCGCCACCGCCAUGACCAACCUGAGAUGUGUGUUGCCGACGUUGAGUUCGAGUUUCUCCACGACGGAGAAACGCUGUUGGCUCACAGCGCCUGCAGCAACGACUGUCAUCACCCCAACGAAAUCGAGUUCGACGAAGACGAGGAUCACCGAGACACCCUCGAAGAGAAUAGAACCUUCUGGGACAACCAACACAAGAUUUUGCAGGCCAAUGUGUACAGAACGAGUUCUUUGGAGUCAGGUAUAAGGCGUGCCACCAAAGAAGCGCUUCAGAACAUAGAAAGCGCAGAAACCGUGUGCGGUUGCAGCAGACAGAUACCUCUCACCACUUGCAGAAACUGCUUAAUGAGAGAAGUUUCCGGGCGGCUUCAGAAAGCAGGUUAUAACAGUGCUGUCUGCAAAACGAAAUGGAGAAGCUCACCAGAUAUUCCAUCAGGGGAACACAGUUUUUUGGAUGUGAUAGAGAACACAAAGAAGGGGGAGAUGAGAGUGAUUGUGGAGCUGAAUUUCAGAGGAGAGUUUGAGAUGGCAAGGGGAAGUGAGGAGUACAACGGACUUGUUCGGAAGCUGCCAGAGGUGUUUGUGGGGAAGGUGGAGAGAUUGAGCAACCUAAUAAAGAUAUUGUGUAUGGCAGGGAAAAGGUGCAUGAAGGAAAAGAAAAUGCACAUGGGGCCAUGGAGGAAACAUAGGUAUAUGCAAGCCAAGUGGUUAGGUCCAUGUGACAGGAACACUUGCACAACCUCAGUCUCAAUGGGAUAUUCUGAGAGGAUACCAAUGCCAAAGCCAAGGCAAAAGGCAUCCAUGUUGACUGUUGAUCUGCUAGAGAAGCUGCAUUGCACUGCUGUUGAGGUUGUGUAA